AAAAGGGGGUUCUAUCGCCAGGGAAAGGCAUAACCUGUUUCAUAGUUCUAGAGAACUGCCAUCCCUAUUGCAUCGAGAAAUUUGUUCUUCAAGCCUUUGCUUAACUUGAGAUAGAAAAUGCCUCAAUCCGAAGAAGAAAUGCAAAAGGAAUCCUGCGUCCUCUUGCUGUUCGUGAGAGGCGCUCCUUUCCCUGGGAGCAGAUGGUUCUACAAAGAGAUAAUCGAAGAGGCCCUGGACUUUAAGCCUCGAGACACGGACAUCUUGAUCAGCACUUUUCCAAAGUGCGGAACAAACUGGAUGAAAUACAUCGUCCACACGAUCAUCACCCGUGGUCAGAAACCUCUGGAGUCCUCCCACCAGCUGACUUACGAAGCGGUUCCUUUUGUAGACAUCAGUGGAAUAUCGGCUGUGGAAGCCUUGCCUGACCCAAGACCGAUCCAUUACCACUUACCUUACAACCUCAUACCGAAGAACCCAAAUUCAAAGUACAUUUACAUUUUCCGAAACCCCAAGGACACCGUCGUCUCAUUCUACCACUUUACCAUGCAGACUGAUGAGCUGAACGUUACAUUUGACGAGUAUUUUGAAUCCUUUAUGAAGGGACUAGUGGCGUAUGGUGAUUAUUUCGAUCACGUCCUCUCCUGGUAUGAACACAGGAACGAUCCCAACAUCCUGUUCCUGUCUUACGAACAGCUGCAUGCUAACAGAAAAGAGCAGUACCUGAGGAUCGCCAAAUUCUUGGGCGAACAGUACCAUGAAGAGUUGGUGAAGGACAGUGAUCUGUUAGAACAUGAGCUGCACCUGAUCAGUUUUGAGAACAUGAAAAAGAGUCUGAUGAAAGAGGCUUCUGGAAAACAUGAAUAUGAACUGAAAUCGGAUGUUAUCGACACGCCGCUUCAAGCCCCUGGCCCCAGAUUCGAAGUCAAGUACUUGAAAUAUUUCCGGAAAGGUAUCGUCGGCGAUUGGAAAAACCAUCUCUCCCCAGAACAAAACCGACGAAUGGAUAAUCGCAUUCAGGAAAAAUUCGGUGGUACCGAAAUAAUUGACAUGUUCAAUGCAAAGAAAACCUGGCUUUGAACAACAUAACAAAUUUAUCCAGAUAGUAGCAUUGUAAUGAGAAUAUAAGGUGGUGAAAAGCUGCACCAUUUCGUGCGUUCUUGAUGUCUUAAUAACGAACAAAAAGUAAGAAAAACCUGCGUCAGUUCCAAGUGACUCUAGUGUUUCACUUUCUCAAACAUUUCUGCAAGUAAGCACUAAAAAAAAAAAAAAAAAAGACAUACUUUCGCAAAGCGAGAGUGAUUCAUCAAGUCCAGGGUGACUUUCUCAAAAUUGUGAAGUUUACUGUGAGAAGGAACUCCGCAUUUUUUAUUGUGACCGAAAUUUAUAUACCUUGCUAAAUACUUUCUGGUCCUAAAGUUUAUUUCAUUCUUAAGAUAUUUUCUAUCACCUUCACAUGCAUAAUCAUUCCAUAAUGUCAUAACGAUGUUAAAAUUUAUGCCAAACCUGUGAUUUGAACCUGUGAGCCCUAAAUAUGUUUAAGUGAAGCUUUAAAAUAGAAUAAAAAUGGAUAUUGGGUGGUAGAAACGAAAGUACUUGCCAAGCAUGCCAUAAAGGCUCAUCAAUUAAGUCCAUGGCCAAAAAUGAUCAAAAACUUGUAAAUGGAUAUCGUAACAAAUAAAAAACCUAACAUUUCUAAUUAACUUUUCCAUGAAGGAAAUAUUUCUAUUUGCGUAAAUAACUGUAUGAUAAAUAUAUGUAACUGAAAAGCCCAAAGUGGAGAUAACAAGAUGACUUUGCUCUGUUAAAGGUUUUGGUGUUGCA